CCGUCGCUGCUCGGGGCCAGCGGGGGCUCCGCCGCAGCCGCGCCGGGCCCCUCCGAUGCGAAUCGCCGCCCGCUCGCCGGCCGCUGGCAUACGGCGGCGGCGAGCGGUCGGGCUCCGCGCGCGGUCCCCGCCAUGAUGCCAGCCCUGGCCGCACAGCGGCGGGGCUGCCACGGCCUCUACCGCCUGUACCUGCGCUGCCGGGCGGCGCCGCUCCCCCGCGCCUGCCACGGAUGGAAAGCUCCAGUGAAAAGUGGGGGUCUGUCUUGUUUUCUACCAUGCCAUCGUCUGCCUGUGCAGUUGAUGAGUCAAGUGAGAGUUUAUACCUCCAGUGGUCAAAAAAAAGAUCUUGGAUCAGAAGAUACAAAAGGGUCAAUCCCUGAAGAAAACCUGCAUAAAGCUGGAACAGGACAAGAUAAGACCAAUGCAGGCCAGAAGCAGUCUGUCCUUAAAGAGCCAAUCCAAGUAAAAGUGAAAGCAGUCCUCAAAAAAAGAGAGUAUGGACCAAAAUACACAAAGAAUAACUUCAUCACUGGAGUAAGAGCAAUAAAUGAGUUUUGUCUUAAAUCCAGUGAUUUAGACCAGCUGAGGAAAAUUAAACGGCGAAGCCCCCAUGAUGACACUGAGACUUUCACUGUGUACCUGAGAUCGGAUGUAGAGGCAAAGUCUCUUGAAGUUUGGGGUAGUCCAGAGGCUCUUGCUAGAGAAAGAAAACGACGUAAAGAGGCAGAGAUCAAAUACAGAGAAAAACUAUUUCGAAACCAAAGGCUGUUGUGGGAAUACAAGGAGUUCUUUGGCAAUACUAAGCCACGCUCCAGUGCAGCAGCUAUGUUUUUCAAGGGACCAGGGAAGGUGGUAAUGGUAGCUAUUUGCAUAAAUGGGCUGAAUUUUUUCUUUAAGCUACUUGCUUGGGUUUACACGGGUUCUGCAAGUAUGUUUUCAGAAGCCAUACAUUCUUUAGCAGACACAUGCAACCAGGCAUUGCUAGCUUUGGGCAUCAGUCAGUCUGCAAGGACGCCUGACCCUAGUCAUCCGUAUGGUUUCACAAACAUGCGCUAUAUUGCCUCCCUGAUUAGCGGAGUGGGCAUUUUCAUGAUGGGUGCAGGAUUGUCUUGGUAUCAUGGGAUCAUAGGUUUACUCAACCCUCACCCUAUAGAAUCUCUUCUCUGGGCAUACUGCAUUUUAGCAGGGUCAUUGGUGUCUGAAGGAGCUACCCUUCUUGUUGCUAUAAAUGAAAUUCGCAGGAGUGCUCGAGCCAAGGGUCUGUCAUUUUAUCAAUAUGUUGUACAGAGUCAUGAUCCUAGUACAAAUGUGGUGUUACUGGAGGAUGCUGCAGCAGUUCUGAGUGUGGCCAUAGCUGCUACCUGUAUGGGUCUGACUUCUUUAACAGGAAACCCUUAUUAUGACAGUGUGGGGUCUCUAGGUGUUGGAACCUUGUUAGGAAGUGUGUCAGCAUUUCUCAUCUACACUAACACUGAAGCCCUGCUAGGACGAUCCAUUCAACCUGAACGACUGCAGCGACUUACUGAGUUACUGGAAAGUGAUGCUGUAGUAAGAGCAAUUCAUGAUGUUAAAGCCACAGACCUGGGAAUGAGCAAAGUGAGAUUCAAAGCAGAAGUAGACUUUGAUGGACGAGUUGUUACUCGUUCUUACCUGGAAAAACAAGACAUUGAACAGCUGCUACAAGAAAUUCAGCAAGUGAAAAAUCUUGAAGAAUUGGAAGCCUUCAUGCUUAAGCAUGGUGAAAAUAUCAUUGACACACUGGGAGCUGAAGUAGACAGACUUGAGAAGGACCUGAAGCAACGAAAUCCUGAUGUUCGUCACGUGGAUUUGGAGAUACUGUAGGCAUGGCAGAAGAAAUCUUCAAGUUGCUAGCUACCAUUUUGGAAAGAAGUCUUGUGAAGGCCUGAAAAGCUUCUGAAAUUGUGGUGACCUCAGCGCCAUACCUCGCUUACUUUUGCUGUAGGCUUCCUGGACUGUUAGCACUGCUUCUGUUUCUGGAAGAGCAUUAGACUCGCAGACAAAAAUUUCCAUGGCAAAAUCAAUUUAAAAAAGCGCUAUUUGACUUAAAUUCCACGGGAGAGUCUGUCAGAAUACAUUUACUGCAACUCAGAACUUACGACUUGAGGUUUAGUUAGGCAAAUAUAGCUGCCUGAAGAUACACAAUACACUUUGUUUUUCCAUUUGCGUCCCUUUGCAGUCAGUUUGCACUUCUUUAGUUUCUUUCAAGAUACCGCAGAAGGUUCUUGGGAGAUAUUAAGAUUAGCUAGGAAGAGUUUGUUCCAGUGGAACCUGCCAACCUUAAACUAAUUGUAAUAUUUCAACUGUGUGAUUGUUUCACAGUUUUUCUUUUCUAUGAGAUAAAUCCUUUCAAACAGGCACUGGCCUUUUCUCAAGUACCAUGACCUGUAAACCUGCUUUUUUCCCACUCUUGUGAUUAGUAACUGCACUUCACAAAAAUAAGAUUUUUCUUCUCAGUGGAGUCAGCUGUAUGUGGUUAUCCAGAGUAUGUGAAGUUGAAGAAACUAGAGAUUUUGGUGAACUUCCUCUGUUUAAAUUUUGUUAUUUUUCUCCCCCUACUUUGACACUUGUUCUCUUAUUUGUAAGUAUCUUCAGAUGUGAUCUGGGAGAUAUAUACAUGGUAGUGCUUAUUAAAUGUUACCUGGCGUUUUUUGCUUUCCUUAGAGGCUGUAUUGCCAGAUAUGGUCUUUGAUAGAAGGUGUGAGAGAUGUAAUUGGAAGUUACAGUAGUAAAACAUGUAUUAGAAUUAUUUAUAAUUAAACAAAUGAAUACAUUGUAUUUUUAAUUUAUUUACCUCCAGACUUAAUCUGAAUUCUAAAUUGAUUACUUUGUGUUGGUUUUUUUUUUUUUAGGUUUUUAAGAAUUGGCCUUGCUUUUUUCGGAAAGUAAAGUAAAUCUAUCAGUAGUUCUCAGUAAUCCUGAGAUAAAUGCUUAGACUUUAUAACUUUGAAAUGUGCAAUUUUAGUAUUAUAUAUAUGAGCCUCAAGGCUUUCUGCAGUAGGCACCCAAGUUGUACCAGAUUCUUUGAUUUGAGCCCUAGUCCUUAUUAAUAAGGGCAUGAGUACUUAGCAUGCAAAUUGAAAUGUAAGUGAAGUUACUACAUAUAAAUAGCUCUGAAGAAAAUCCUUUAUGCACUUUAACAUAUUUCAGUAAAAUGAGAAUUACUUAUGGGUAAGAGGUGUUAAUAAGAACCUACCUCCUCGUGACUCAGUUGCUAAGUAAUGACUGACUUGCUGAAAGCAGAAAUGUUGGUAUGAUACACAAGUCUUCAAAAAUCAGUUAAGUUUCAAUUAUAAGCAUUGCAGCAUGUAAUAAUUGUGAAGACCAAUACAUCUAGAUUUGGCUAAAAGCUUUUGAAAAAUGUUUUUUAGGGCUUUUUUUUUGUUUUUUUUGGGUUUUUUUUUUAUACUAAGUUUCACCAGUGAACUGUGAGAAUUUAAAAUAGCGUACCUUUUGACAACUGCAAAACAUUCCAGAGUUUAGUUACAGAUGGGAGUUCACAUACAGUAAUUGUGGGUCUCUUUAGUACCCUUGUCCAUAAAUCCCUAUUCACCAGUGGCUUCUGUAUAGCUUAUUAGCUAUAUUACUAUGGGUAAUCCAGAAGAAUCGUAAAAUCGUAGAAUAGUUAGGGUUGGAAAGGACCAUAAGAUCAUCUAGUUCCAACCCCAGGACACCUCACUUUAUCUGGUUUUCUCUAUUGUAAAACUACUUAGUAUAUUUCAACCUGAUGAUUGGAAAUGCAGUUUAAAGGAAAUUUGGAAGUGUGCUAUACCAAGUAAAUAAGACAUCCUUAGCACAUUAUAAAUCAUCUACCUUUCUCCUCACCUUUCCACAUAAACUUCAUCUCAUUAUGCGCUCUGCUGAUGUUAGUCUUAUUCAUGAAGACCACUGGAAUCUCUUUCCUUGUUCCUGGAGUACUUAUAUAGAUUUUGAAUUUGAAUAAACAAUUUAAGAUUUCUGGAAUAAUGGGUUUAUUAAAAACUGGGAAAAUGCUCUUACUGAGGCGUUAGUGGAGACAGCGAAUGUGAUCCAAGUGGUUUGUAUGCUGGAGUUACUGAUGAAUGAGCAUUGUUAGUGUGCACUUUGCAGGGCAGAAAUUUCACUGAAAGGUUAGUAAAUGUUACCCCAUACUGAAGUGUUCCCAUAUCUUGUUUAAGAGAAGGCAUGAGUUUAUAUUCUUACAUGGCACCUGCCCCAGAAGCCCAUAAAAAUGUUUUCUUGUUCAUCAGAGAUGUAAUUUAUAUGAAUUCUAAUCUUAAUUUCCUUAUCUGAGUCAGAAGUACACCCAUCCACAUACCAUUUGUAUUCCAAAUAAUAUCCAGGUCCUUGUCUCUCAGUUAUGUUCCUGAUUAUAACAUAACAAUAUGUUAAAUUUAAGAAGCCAGAGCUUGAAUGUUUUUGGGUACUUAACAGUUGGAUAGUUUGAGGACCCAGUUCCAUAUCUUAAAAAUGACCUGGCUAGUGAUGUACCACAAAAAUCUAAGCAUUCUGGUUUUGGCAGUACCUCUUAAGUUUACAUGUCUUGCAGUUGGGUGAAAAUAUUGUUUCAUUGUACCUGUCAGUUUGGAAAGGAGAAGGAAUUCUAGGCUGUUAGAUUUUUAAUACAUAGAUUGUUUUUAACAGUUUUGACAUUUUUACUGCUUUUUUUUAUCAUUUAUUUUUCUUUAUGGUCUAACACUUGAAGCGAUAUGGGUCCAGUACUUACUUCACUUUUGUUUUAGUGUUUUUGGGAAAACUGUUUAACUACUACACUUACAUGAUAGAAUCCUCAGAAUUAAAGAAAACUUACGAAGUGUGGAGGAGUGUGGAGAGAUUUUUUUCUUUGUCACAAAUACAAGUACAUAAUACUUGUUUUUUGUUUUAAGGAAGUGAGGAAUUAGCUAACAGAGUUAUGGUCUAGAGUUUUUUAAAUUAAGUUGUGGCCUUUUAAAAUAAUCUGUUUUGUAGACUGUCCUUGAAUGUUCUGUUUUUUUCAGAUUAUGUUCAAAGUACAGCUGCCCUCUGCUUUGUUGAAAGGUUGCUCACUUAUUGCAGAAUGUUUCUUAAGUCCAUAAAACUUUCAAUGUUUGAAAAAAUUGUCUCAAUGUUCCAGUAUACUGAGUGAUCUUAAUGCAUUUUAAGUCAGAGUUGCCCAGACACUAACAAUAUGCAUUUUCCUGUAGAAUUUGUUUUUGUAGAAAAGAUAAAAUUGUGAUUUUUCUUCCCCAAGAAUCAAUUUCAAGUCUAAAUUGUCUCCUUUUUAUACUGUGGAAGUAAGUUUUUGAGUGAUCCUCCUCUACCUCCCUUUCUAAAGCAUUUAUGAAGCGUACUGUAGUAGUAAGUAUUUUGGUGGAAUACUGUAUUACAAAGACUCUUUGCUGUGUGUUCUGGUUGAGAAGUAGCAGGGACUCAGGGAACAGGAGAACAUAUUUUUUAAGGACAAGUUGCAUUCUUUAUCCUCUGUGACUCAUACUCAAGCUGUAGAGUUUAUAGCCUCUGCUUUUUCCUUUCAUUGAAUUCCAACGUAGGUUUUAUUAUUUUUUUAUUGGAGGUGGAAGCCAUUAUGAGCACCUCAUGUUUUUAAAAGCAAGGCUAGAUGCUGCUUUGGUCUCUGUACUUCAUCAAUGAACAAGUACAGUUGGCAAUAAUGAUUGCUGUUCUGUUUUGAAAGCUACAAACCAUGUAAGCCAAAACUACCAAAGUUUUCUGAUUCUGGCAGGUGCAGUUUUUUUCAGCUAUAUCUGGAGACUCGGUUUUUGUUGAGAGAUUUUUACUGGCUCCUCUGUUACAGGGCAGUAUGGAGAAGAGUUUUGGGUAUGUUUUGUCUAGGUAAUACACUGAAAUUCUAUGUUCUCCUUAUCAUUUCAGCUGAUUUUUCUGUAACAAAGGAAAAAUUAUGCAUUAUGGAAGUACAUCUGCUAAUGAGUGCAUCAAAUACAGGCUUCCUGCAAAGAGUUUCUAGGCUUUUGUGUAUUUUAAAGCAUGACUAUUUUUGAAAGUUCUUAAUUAAGUAAUCCUUUUUCUAAAGUUGAUGUAGAUGUGUUUCCUACAAAAGAAUUCACAGAAGCAUAAUGUUUAAUAUUUAAAAGGAGAGUAUUUUGGUUUAUGUUCUUCAGGCAUUUUGGCUUGGUGCAGUAGAAUAAUUGUCUAACUCCUGUACAAAACGUGAACUUCUGUGCAUGCCUAAAGGCUUACAUUGCAGAAAUGAGUAUAAAAUGACAAUGUGUUUUGUUUUUUUUUUUUCUCCAGCUUAAGCAUUGUGCUGCUUCUGUUAUUAUUGUUAACUCUGAAUAGAGAGUACAACUGACAUCUCUUUUGCAGUUUACGUCCUUAAUGUAAAUGAGAAAUCAAGGUGUACCAAAAAGUUUUUAUGAUUUGUAGAGGGGUUGCAUAGCUUAAAUAAGUAAUUUUUCUGUUUCUGCUUAGUGAGACACAAAUAAUUAAGAUCAAAGUAGACUACAUCUUUAUUACAUAUAAAAAGAAAUAGGAAUCCAGGCUUUAAAGCACAAUAGUCAGAUUUUGAAAUGCAAGUCGUUUGAGAAAGAUAAAAUGUGCCAGAAGCUCUAAGUGGUUGUAUGGACUAUAGAAACUGCAGUCAAUCAGUCUUUGCUGAAACAAAAGAAAAGAAACUAUCACAAAGUGUAUGGUAAAAAGAAUACAUACAAGGAAGGAACAAAACUAUGGUGCUGAGCACUUGGGAACAGCAAGAGAUGAAUACAAUCUAAAAAAUGUGGCCAUCAAUAAGAAAUGAUUGGAGAACAGUAAAAAACCAGUAAGAAAUUAUAUUUGAUUAGUACACAUAAAACCAUGUGGUACAACACUGUCUUUUAGUGAUACUCUGUUGGGUGAUGCCUCCCUCCCAACCCCAGCAAAACUUUAUUUAUUUUUUUUUUCUUUCUUCUCUGUGUCUCUGUUUAGCUGUUUUCUCAUACAGUAUUUGGUCUUGCAGGUAUAAGCCCAUUUGUCCUCUUAAAACUUACUUAUUGCUCAAGGUGAUAGUGUAAUCUGAGUCUGGAGCUUUGAUGGGGUGUGUAUUUGGUGAGUGGAGUGUGAGUAAUUUAAUUUAUGAAGACGAGAGGAAGAGUGAAUUCAAGAGAAUAUUAAUUGAUUUUUUUUCAGCCAAAAAAUGAUUGGAACACCAUACUAUGUUGCAGGUCAGAAAAAAAGGUGCAGUGAUUUAAGGUCUGUGGAAUUCUUGCAUUGGUUAAUACGUUAGUCCAUAUUUUUCAAGCUGCUUAAAUAUCUGUGGAUAAGCAAGUUUUCUAGUUAAAGUAUCACAUUCUGAAAGGGAGUUAAAGAUGACAUUCAGAAUGUAAUGUGAAUUACAGUUUACACACUUUUUAAAUACCACAGACAGAUACAGUAACAGAUUAUAGUAGGUAGGCAGAAAAUUGUUGUUCUCGCCUAUAUUAUAUGAACCUUUUGAGGACAAUUUCCUUUUUCUGUGUAAGUCAAAGCCACCAAUUAGCAUAAAAGGCUUGUUUUUUGUUGUUUUUUUUUGGUUUUGUUUUGUUUUCUUAGGUACAACACCAACACAAAGCCUGGUCAAAUUUUUAUAUUGCCAGCAUUCAUAGUGCUGUUACAGGGAGAAAGUAUCUGUUAAAAUAGUAGAAUAUAGCCCCACACUCAAGGAUACAUUUGAUUUUUGUAAUGUAAAUUUAGAGUGUAUUUAAAAUUCUCCAGGUUGUGAUUGAUCAGCUGCUUCAAAUCUGAAGACAGAAGGAAAAAAAAAGCUAUGUUGUGUAAAUGUUGUAAUAUAAAGGGUUUUUUGUAAGUUUCUCUUAAAAUUAAAGGUGCUGAAGAACUACGUGAGAAGAAGAGUUUGAAAAAUGCCAAAAGCAUUUGGAAAGUAUUUUGGCAAUUGCCAAAAUUGCAUAAAAUCUGAAAGUCAACAGUGAAGAUUAUCACUGGUGGUAGAACUUUCAAAGGGCAAUCUGAAAUUUGAAACGUGUUUUUCCACACAGCCUUUUAAUCAAAUGUCACCCACCCACCCCCCAGUCCCCCAUGCAUUUUGGUGUAUUGGCUUCUUCAUUCUGUGUCUUGGUUCAUAUCAGUAUGAGGAAGUAAUUUUGAUUUGUGAGGUGUAGACAUUUAAAUAUUUCCCCCGCAUAUGUUCUUUAUUUUGUAAUUAUGCUUGAAUUUGGUACUUCCUGUAAAAUGUCUGGAAGUUGUAAUUACUCAGUAAAAUGCUACAUAGCUGUUAAA